AUGGACGACUUUGGACGACCGGCUCGAUCGGCCCCCCCGUCGGCGCUGGGCGUCGGUGCGAGGCCACAGCGAGCGCAGGCACUGCCGCCGUCCAUCAAUCGACAAUCGUCAAGCGGCACCGAUCUGUCCGCCCCCUCCUAUUACGCCCAGGACCCUCAGCCGUCUCGACCGCCGUUGAUGACCAACCCUUACGCGAACGGGUCCGAUCUGUCGGUGCCCGCCGUCGCGGGUGCUUCGUCAUCGAGGGUGCAGUUCUCCGUGCUUGAUGCAUCUCGCGCGAACCUGCUCGGCUCCGGCGGCGGAGGCGGAGGCGCGACGGGUGAACCGCCGUCCGGGGGUGCCUCGUCGUCGCAGAACCCCCACCACCUUAGCAGCAACGACACCUCGGCCACAGCAACGGGAUUGAGUGCUGCAGGGAACGGAUUCCGAAGGAAAAAGUCGCUCGUGCGACCCGAUCGAGAGCGCGUUGACGAGUCGCAUCGACUUUACAACUACCGCCAGCACGCCGCAGUGAUGGAGCUCGAGGGCCGAGGCGUCGCCGCAGUGUCUCGGACGGGCCACACCGCGACCGCUGGCUUGUCCCAUGUCGACCCCUCCAUCGUGGCAGGGAACUCGACGGCGAGCCCCGGAUCAGGUACUGGCCUGCGUCGAGGCAAGAGCGUGCUCGGCCGCGAGGAAGGCAUGGCGACCGAAACCGGGCUGAGCAUGUUCAAGCGAGGCACGACGCUGCGCCGCCCCAACAACCUUCAAUCGGGUGCAUCGAACCAGGCCGUGAAGGCCGGAGGGUCAUACGAGAAGAGUCGCAUGUCCAAGAUGCAGAAACAGCCUCUUGGCCCGUGGAUGGUCUUCUGCAAAGUCGUCACCAUUCUUGUCCCGUCCGCCGUGCUCAAAUGUUUUGGUAAGUUCCGCUCUCCGCUCUCCGCGCUGCGCUGCUUGCGGUCUGCGCUCGCUGCUGCGAUAGUCGAUGAUGUCAGCCACUAACGCGCGAACUCUGGGUUUUAUGUACAGGUCUGCGUUCCAAAGAUCGUCGUGAUGCGUGGCGGGAGAAGAUCGGCAUGCUCUGCAUCAUCGCGACUUGCAUGGCUGCGGUCGGUUUUUUGACAUUCGGCUUCACCAGCUCCGUGUGUGGCACGCCGCCGUUGCGCUACCGCCACAACACGAUCCAAGGAGGCUCGAUGAUCUUUCAUGGUUACGAUUAUGACCUCAAUAACUUCACCCACGUCGAAGCGUACGGGAUCGGCGCCGGCACGAACCCGCUUUACUCAUCCUUUGGCGCCGGUGGGAUGGACGGCUCGUUUCUCUUCCAGAAGGUCAACGAAAAGUGCCUCGACAUCAUUACCCCAACCGCGGGCACCGGGAUCCCGACCUCCGGCAACAAGCUUGGCUGGUACUUCCCCUGUAACAUCUACAACCAAUACGGCACGAGCACGCGCAACUUGACGGGCUACUCCGAAGGACGACUGUGCCACACGCAAGCCGACGCUCGCACCGCCUUCAGCAAGCUCAAGUCGCAGGGACAGGUCUAUUUCGAAUGGAGUGACCUCAAAAACGCAUCGAGGAAUCUGGGUGUCUACGAUGGGUAAGGUCACAACCCUGCGUGUGCGUGUGCCUUGCCGUCUGAACGCUCGGGGCUGACUCGCAGUUGUAUUUGAUACUUCACACAGAGCUGUUCUCGACUUCUCGUUGCUAACUUGGCUCGACAAAACGCAAGUCACGUUCCCUCCUAUCUUUGAUGCGCUCAUGGUCCCGAACUCGACCUUCACCGCGACCGACAUCACGGCGCACAUGGUCUCAACGAAGCAGCGACGCGUCGCCGAAUGCCUCGUCGACACGAUCCGCGUCGGUUUCGUCGACUCGAACUCGAUCGGCUGUGUCGCGUCCGACGUCGUGCUCUACGUCUCAUUGGUUGUAAUCAUCGGCGUCGUGGUGAUCCGUUUCGCGAUGGCCGUCAUCUUUGGCUGGUUUUUGUCGUGGAAGAUUGGUCGUUUCCCUCAGGAGACCUACGAGCAACGACGGGCACGUGCAAGUGAGAUUGAGAACUGGACCCAGGACAUCUAUCGCCCGGCCCCGGCGCGCUUCCGUCCCAACGUCAAGCUGCAACGCAAGUCGAUGCUGCCGAACAAGAGUCGAUUCUCUCGCGGUGAUUUGCUCAAGGCACAUGCCGCCGGCUCAGGAGUCACGUCACCGCGUGCGGAGAACAAGUACGGCGAGUACCGCAAGUCGGUGGCGCCCAGUCUCAGCAGCAAGAACUUCCUCGGCGGCGCGAUGCGCAACUCCCCACCUGGUUCGCCAGGUGGGCUUGCGUCGCCCAGCUCGGCUUCCUUCCCCCCCUCGGUCUUCAACUACGACAUGAUGUCUCGCUCCCCCACCGGCGACUCCCUCAGGAACGGUACCGGCUGCCCCUUCCCUCUCGGUGACGUCGUUGCGCAACCCCCGGCGGACUACCAGCCGUUCAACUACCCCCUCGUGCAUUCCAUCUUGCUCGUCACGGCCUACUCCGAGUCCAUUGAGGGCUUGCGUACUACCCUCGACUCGCUUUCGACGACCGAUUACCCCAACUCGCACAAGGUCAUCCUCGUCAUCGCCGACGGCAUGGUUAAGGGAUCGGGUAAUCGUCUCACGACGCCAGAGAUCGUGCUCGGCAUGAUGAAGGAGCUCGUUGUGCCGGUCGAAGAGGUCGAGCCGCAAUCGUACGUCGCCAUCGCCGAUGGGCACAAGGCGCAUAACCAGGCCAAGAUAUUCGCCGGUUUCUACGACUAUGACAAUAACACCGUCGAAAUGAGCAAACAACAGCGCGUGCCGAUCGUGCUCGUCGCCAAGAUCGGCAACCCGUCCGAGGUCAACGAUCCCAAACCGGGCAACCGAGGCAAGCGUGACUCGCAAGUCAUGCUGAUGGGCUUCCUGCAAAAGGUCAUGUUUGAUGAGCGCAUGACGACAUUUGAGUACGAGUUCUUCAACUCGCUGUGGCGAUGCACCGGCAUCUCGCCGGACCGAUACGAGGUCGUGCUCAUGGUCGAUGCCGACACCAAGAUUUUCCCCGAUUCAGUCUCGCGCAUGAUCUCGUGCAUGGUCCACGACCCGGAAAUUAUGGGAUUGUGCGGUGAGACCAAGAUUGCGAACAAGAGCGAGACGUGGGUGACGAUGAUCCAAGGUGAGCAUGGUCAAACUGGUGUUUGCUCUGGAUGAGUGCUGACGCGAAGUUGAUCUCGCAGUGUUCGAAUACUACGUGUCGCAUCACUUGACGAAGGCGUUCGAAUCUAUGUUUGGUGGUGUGACCUGCUUGCCCGGUUGCUUCUCGAUGUACCGCAUCAAGGCGCCAAAGGGAGCCGACGGAUACUGGGUGCCCGUGCUCGCGAAUCCCGACAUCGUCAUGCACUACUCGGAGAACGUCGUCGAUACGCUGCACAAGAAGAACCUGCUGCUCCUCGGAGAAGAUCGAUACUUGACGACGUUGAUGCUGUCGACCUUCCCGCGCCGCAAAAUGAUGUUCUGCCCCCAGGCCGUGUGCAAGACCGUGGUCCCUGACACGUUUCGAGUCCUUCUGUCGCAACGUCGUCGUUGGAUCAACUCGACCAUACACAACUUGUUCGAGCUAUUCAAGGUCCCCGAUCUUUGCGGUGUAUUUUGCUUCUCGAUGCGCUUCGUCAUCUUCAUGGAGUUGGCUGGUACCUUGGUCUUGCCUGCUGCCAUUGCCUUCACCACGUGAGUUUAUGACGCGCUGCGCAAUAUACUGUAUUAUGCUGGGACUGAUCGAACUUGUUGUCCGUCCUACAGAUAUCUUAUUGUCAUCGCCAUCAUCCCCGGCACGACCAAACCUGUCCUUUCUCUCAUCCUGCUGGCCAUCAUUCUCGGUAUCCCGGCAAUUCUCAUCGUCGUAACGUCGCGCAAGGUCGAGUAUCUCGGCUGGAUGAUGAUCUAUCUCCUAUCGCUGCCGAUCUGGAACUUUGUCCUCCCUGUCUACGCCUUCUUGCACAUGGACGACUUCUCGUGGGGUCAGACUCGCAAGGUCGCGGGUGACGAUGGACGUUCGCACUCCGACAAGGACGGCACGUUUGACAGCAGCAAUAUCGUCAUGAAGCGAUGGGCCGACUUUGAACGCGAUCGUCGCUACCGAGCCGGAACGCUCUCGCGCGACUCGGCCUACGACGUUCUGAACGCGCACAUCCGUCACGGCUCCCCACACCGCUCGACGAGCUACCGUCACUCGAUCGUCUCAACCGAUACGUACAACUCUCUGCCAGCCAGCGCUUCGUUGAGCACCGUUCCCCGCUACCCUACUCAGCUCGAGCUCCCUGCGCCGUUGGCACAACAAGCGGCUAGUGCGCACUCUUCGACGACCUCGUUCCACCAUGGGCACGCGCACGAGUACCCUCGCUUCGCCGAGGGCUAUGAUAGUGACGAGUUGGAAAGGGAGGCCAUCCUCAGCGAGCAACAGAGAUCUUCUCCGGCUCUCGACUCGACGGCGAGUUUCCCAGCUGAGGUCGGGAGAGGCUCGACACCCUCCGACGAGUCGCAAGGUCGGUCCGGUCGUUCGAGCAUCAUCCCUUCGGCGUCCAACGCUACCGACACGUCGAGACCUGCGCGCCAGCCAAGCAAGCCACGCGGCGUCAGCCUCGUAGAUGCGGGACCUGUUCCGGGCUCGGAAGGCGUGAGGGUCGUCCAACGUACGCGUAGACCAUCGCAGCAAGGUCACACAUCGUCGCAUCAGCGAUCAAGGCCGUCCCAAGGCGGACAGGACGCCGUCUUCUCUCCAACCUCAGGGGGCGGCUCCCUCCCGCCUGGCGCUGCACCUCCGCAACUUUGA